GAAACUAGGGUUCAGGUCAAAAAAAAAUAAGACAUUGAUUUGGAAGCAACAUCUGGAUUUCUAAAGCUAGUUUGAACCCCUAACAUAAUUUUGACCCAUUUCAGCGUUCGACAUGAGCAUUCUUCUAAUCGAGCCAUUCUUUUUCUAUUCCCUUGAAAAGGCUUUAGGGCUUCACCCCUCGAGGAAGAGAUAUCUCCGAUGGCGGAGCAGCAGCAGGCCCAAACGGAGUCGCCGGCGCGAUCUCCGUCGCUGUCUCAGCCGCCGCAGCAACAGAGGCAGCGGGAGGAGAUGAUGGCCUGCGUGGCGGCGCUGGAGGCGGCGCUGCUCCCCUGCCUCCCCGCCCGCGAACUGCAAGCCGUUGACCGCUCCGUCCACUCCUCCCACCAGAUUGAUGUUGAAAGGCAUGCAAGAGAUUUUAUGGAGUCUGCGAAGAGGCUUCAAUUGUAUUUCAUUGGGCUGCAACGUGAGGAUCAGCCCACCAAGGAAGAAAUGCUUCGAAAGGAGAUCUCCAUCAUGGAAGAAGAGUUGAAAGCCAAGUCUGAGCUGAUUAAGAAGCACGAGAAACUCAUUCAAGGGUGGAGGAAGGAGUUGAAGGACCAGCUGGAGAAGCAUGUCACCGAGCUGGAGAGGGUGUAGAAUUUCUCAUAUUGUUUGUUUGUUUCAGUUCAGCAGUUUGUCUAUUACUUAUACCAAGAGGGAUCCUAUAUAACAAAUGAUAGAGAAGUUCAGGGGUGGUAAGAAAUUGUAAUUUUGUGGAGGUCUAUACGAAGCAUGCUGUGCGUUAAGGGCUUUAUCAAAAGUCAUGUAGGAAAUGGAGUUAAUUUCUGCUGAA